CCUGUGCCAUGGGAGUCUGAGCUGCAGCAAUGACACAGGACAACUUCUCCCAGGUGACUGAAUUCAUCCUCCUGGGGCUCUCUGACACACAGGAGCUGCAAUUCCUCUUCUUCACCCUCUUCCUCCUAGCCUACGCCAUGGUCCUGCUGGGCAACCUCCUCAUCAUCGUGACAGUCAGGGCUGACCCCAAGCUCUCCUCGCCCAUGUACUUCCUCCUCUGCAAUCUGUCCUUCAUUGAUAUCUGCUACACCUCUGUCACUGCUCCCAGGGUGCUGGUGGCCCUGCUCUCAGGACACAAAGCCAUUGCCUUUGAGGGCUGCAUAACCCAGCUGUUUUUCCUGCACUUUGUGGGUUCCUCGGAGAUGUUCCUCCUGACGGUGAUGGCGUUUGACCGCUACACCGCCAUCUGCAGGCCCCUACACUACACGGCCAUCAUGGCCCGCAGGGCCUGCUGGGCCCUGGUUGCUGCCUGCUGGGUUGGGGGCUUUAUCCAUUCCAUUGUCCAGACCGUGCUCACACUCCAGCUGCCCUUCUGUGGCCCCAACAUGAUCCACAGCUAUUUCUGUGACAUGCUACCCGUCGUCCGCCUGGCCUGCACUGACACCACCCUCACCGAGUGGCUCAUGGCCUCCAACAGCGGCCUCAUAUCCCUGGGCUGCUUCCUGGUGCUGGUGGCCUCCUACAUGCUCAUCCUGGCCAAGGUUCGGGCCUGCCUCUACCAGGGGCACUGGAAGGCCCUUUCCACCUGCGCCUCACACGUCAUGGUCGUCACCCUGCUCUUCAUGCCCUGCAUCUUCACCUACCUGCGGCCUGCUGGGACCUUGCCCACCAACAAGUAUAUCUGUGUCAUCUACACAACCUUCUCACCCAUGAUGAACCCCCUCAUCUACACCCUGAGGAGCAGUGAGGUGAAGGAAUCCAUGUGGAGACUGUGGAAGCGCUGCAGAGCCUCCUGA